CUUGAAUUGACUAUUAACUCUUUGGAGGAAACGCGAUGGCAUGAAGACGACCAGUCGUAUUUAUUUACCUCUUUCUUGUUCAUUUAAUGCGUCAUUAAUUCUUAUCCGAACGAUUUGCAAGCCAUUUUAGUUUUGUGGAAAUGUAUUCACGCGUCGGGUGAAAAGUAUACAAUUAGUCUGCUGACGUCAUACUCCAAUACAGUAGGUGGCGGCAAUGCAGCUGUGACGUUGAGUGCCGCCGCCAUUAAAAGUAGAAGAAAAAGAAAAUGUCGGCGGCGCGAAAACGGAAAUAAGUUUGUGUGUUUGUCCGAUUCCACGCCUGUAAGAAGCCUGUCGCGCUCUUCUCCUUCGCCCAUGGAUGAAAAGGUCGAUAAGGUGAACAGCUGGCUGAGUGCCGUGUUCGGGGAGCAGGCCGUGCCCCGGUACGAAGUCAACAUCAGAACCGUGGAAGUGCUCCACCAGCUGGCCUGCAGCAGCGAGGCCCGCUGCACGGAGACCACCCUGCUCACAGAAGACCUCCACCACAAGGCCUCAGAGUACCAGGCUGACGGCGCUCACCUCCAGGAGGUCCUUCAAAGCGUGGGCCUGACCGACGAGAGCCUGUCCAAGUCCUCCACGAUGUACACGUCCGCCCUGGUGGACAUUGCCACGGUGCUGGGAGUCCGAGACACGUCUCUUUACAGCUUCAUGCCCGCCCUGAACCGCCUCACCGGCGAGCUGCUGGACGCGGAGAAGUCCGAGAGGAGGGCGGAGCGCGAGAGUCUGGCGGUGCAGAAGAGGCUCAGCGCCGCCCUGGUGCUGCGCGGCAACCUGGAAGAGGACGCCGAACACAUUUUGAAGAGUCAAGCGGUGGAGAGCGCCAAGACCGAGGAGAGGCUACUGAACAUGGACUUUGUGAAGGACAAGGCUAAAGAGCUCCGCAGCAGACUGGAGAAGAAAGAGGCUCAGCUGGCCUCCAGGAACAUGCACAAGUCGCUCACUCACCAAGCUUUGGUUCAACUCUCAGAGGAAGUGACCGCGCUGAAACUAGAGACUGUCCCCUUGAAGAAGAAGCUGGAGCCUUACAUGGACCUCAGCCCGAGUCCAUCUCUCGCUCGGGUUCAAAUCGAAGAGGCAAAAAGAGAACUGGCGGCGCUCGACUCCAAACUGGCGAUGAACAUGGCUUUCAAGUGACAUUAAUAAAGGAUAUUUUAUAUGGCUUGCUAGCACA